CAAGACUAUUUCUACUACUACUAUAACCAUGCAACUUCUUCAAUAAAUCUUCUAACAUCCAUCCUUUCCUCUCUACCUUUCCUUUUCUUCUCAUAAUUCAAACCAACUAACAACUACUCUAUCUUCUCUCCUUUCACCUCACAUUGUUUCUCUGUUUCUCUUUGCUUGUCUUUUGCUGUAUUCUCAUACAUAUUAUUCGUAAAGGUUUCGCUGAUAUUUCAUUGCUACUGUGAUCACACAAUCCUGUUAGAACCUCAGAGAGACCAAGCAUAACAUUUAAGACCAUGUAUAAUUGAGAGAUCAGUUUGAACCAGGACAUAAUUUGUUGAUAUUUUGAAUUUUGUUUCUUCUUACAAAUUGUUGCUGCAGACUAGCAUUUCAGUGAAGUUGGAGUGAUUUUUCUCUGACUCUUCUAUUUCAAUCUCUUUCGUUUUUAAUUUUGUUUUGUGCUUAAUUCAGUAAUAAAGAAAAUGCAGCGUCCUCCACAAAAUGCUGAAUUUGAUCUCAAGGAGACCUCGCCAAAAAUUGCUGGAUCAGGGGUGAUCACUGGUGAUAAGCUCACAUGUGCCUAUGACCUUGUUGAGCAGAUGCAAUACCUCUAUGUCCGUGUCGUGAAGGCCAAGGAUCUACCAGGAAAAGAUGUCACUGGUAGUUGUGAUCCAUAUGUUGAAGUAAAGCUGGGAAACUACAAAGGAGUGACAAAGCAUUUUGAAAAGAAACCAAACCCCGAGUGGGAUUAUGUGUUUGCCUUUUCGCAGGACAGGCUCCAGUCUUCGUUUGUUGAAGUAGUGGUGAAAGACAAGGAUGUUGUUAUAGAUGACUUCAUUGGGAGGAUUCUGUUUGAUCUUGUUGAUGUUCCUAAGCGCGUGCCACCAGAUAGUCCACUCGCGCCCCAAUGGUAUAGAUUGGAAGAUAAAAGAGGGCAAAAGAUGAAGCAUGGGGAGAUCAUGGUUGCUGUUUGGAAAGGAACUCAGGCUGAUGAGGCCUUUCCUGAUGCUUGGCAUUCAGAUGCAGCUAGUGUAGGUAGAGAAGGGAUCACCAAGAUUCGAGGGAAGGUUUAUUUAUCUCCUCGCCUUUGGUAUGUACGCGUAAAUGUUAUUGAAUGCCAAGAUUUGCUUCCUAGUGACAAGGGUAAAGCCCCCGAGGCAUCAGUUAAAGUCAUUCUUGGAAAUCAGGCUUUGAAGACCAGAAUUUCUCCAGUCAAGGGUGUUAAUCCAAUGUGGAAUGAGGACUUGGUUUUUGUAGCUGCAGAACCAUUUGAGGAACCUUUGGUCAUAACUGUGGAAGAUAAGGCUAACAAAGACGAUUUCAUGGGGAAAUGUGUGCUUCCUUUGACAAGUCUCCACAGGAGGCUUGACAAUAAGGCUGUGCCUUCUAGGUGGCAUAAUCUUGAAAAAUAUGCAGUUGUUGAAGGUGAAAAGAAGGAGCUGAAAUUCGCCAGUAGGAUUCAUCUGAGGCUGAGUUUGGAUGGCGGAUAUCACGUUCUGGAAGAGUCCACUCACUAUUGUAGUGACCUGAGGCCAACUUCAAAGCUGUUGUGGAAGUCCAGCAUUGGCCUUUUAGAGCUGGGAAUCAUAAGUGCUACUGGACUUUCUCCUAUGAAGACGAGGGAUGGCAGAGCAACAACGGAUGCCUUUUGUGUGGCUAAAUAUGGUCCGAAAUGGGUAAGGACAAGGACUAUUAUAGACAGCUUUGGUCCAAAAUGGAACGAGCAAUACACAUGGGAAGUUUUUGAUCCAUGUACUAUGAUCACAAUUGGUGUGUUUGAUAACGGACAAUUACAUGGAGGGGGAAAGGAUUCAAGAAUUGGGAAGGUCAGGAUUCGGUUGUCAACUCUGGAGACAGAACGAGUCUAUACACAUUCUUAUCCGCUUAUUGUGUUGCAGCCCUCAGGAGUUAAGAAAAUGGGAGAAGUUCAGUUGGCUGUGAGAUUUUCAUGCACUUCAUAUGUUAACAUGUUGAGCAAAUAUUCACAGCCAAUGCUGCCAAAAAUGCACUAUGUCCAUCCCUUAUCCGUCAUCCAAAUGGAUAUUUUGAGGCACCAAGCUACUCAAAUAGUUUCAGUCAGGCUCAGUCGCGCUGAGCCUGCACUUAAAAAAGAAGUUGUAGAGUUUAUGCUUGACGUGGGCUCACAUAUUUGGAGUGUCAGAAGAAGCAAAGCCAACUUCUUCAGGGUCAUGAAUGUCUUGAGCAGUGCUGUUGCAAUUGGCAAAUGGUUUGACAAGAUUUGCAACUGGAAAAAUCCUAUAACAACGGUCUUGAUUCACGUACUAUUUGUAAUUCUAGUUCUUUUUCCUGAACUGAUACUCCCAACAACUUUUUUGUACCUUUUCUUCAUCGGCUUGUGGAGGUACAGAUGGAAGCCGAGGCAUCCUCCCCAUAUGGAUAUACGUCUGUCACACGCUGAUGCAGUUGGUUCUGAUGAAUUAGACGAAGAGUUUGACACGUUCCCUACUUCCAAAGGCUCAGAUACGGUUAGAAUGAGGUAUGAUCGGCUGAGGAGCAUUGGAGGGAGGAUUCAGACUGUGGUGGGAGACUUGGCAGCCCAGGGAGAGAGGCUGCAGGCUCUGCUGAAUUGGAGAGAUCCGAGGGCUUCUGCGUUGUUUGUUACGUUCUGUUUGAUGGCUGCAAUAGUGCUCUAUGUUACGCCUUUCCAAGUGGUGGCGCUUCUGAUGGGAUUCUACGUGUUGAGGCAUCCGAGAUUUCGACAGAAGCUUCCUGCAUUGCCUGCUAAUUUCUUCCGGAGGCUGCCUGCGAAAACAGACUGCAUGAUAUGAAGCAGAGUGGAAUUCUGGUUUGUUUUACCCAAAAUCAACCUUGAAGGCAUGCAGCUCGAACCUUCCAAGAAUUGUAUUAUAUGAGGACACAACCUUGAUGAAAAAUAAUAUAAGCAUAUAUGUGUAGCCUCUACGACGCCAUUCAUUGUUCUUCUUCUUUUUUCUUGGUUUGAAUGCCAUUCAAUUCAUAGAUUGUCA